UUACUUCAAGUCCGUUUGUUAUGACGGAAUCGUUACGCGAAGUCGCUAACUCACGGGAACGCCCGCCACCGUCUCCCUCCGUCCCGCUUUCCGUCACCUGCUUUGUAACGGCGUCGUGUCUGUUUCCUCCGCUCCUCCGGAAUCCUAAUUUUCCGUUCUCUCUCUCCUCCCUCUCUUAAUGGCUACUGAGGACUUCCCUCUCCUCGAUUCCCCCUCCCACAACCCCCACUCGCAACCUCUCCUCCCGGCUCACACGCGCCACUUCCCUUCCUCCUCUAGCCCUACCACCGGCGUUGCACCUACCUCCGCCGAUGCCGGUAACUCCUCCAACGCCGACUACUUCACUCAACCCUUCCCCGACGAUGGCGAAGAGUCCUCUGAUCCGAACAAAUCCGCGUCUGGAGGUGUGACCCCUACUUCGAAGCGUACCGCCGUCGACAGCUCCUAUUACUAUAACAAGAAAUUGAAAUCCUCCGCCGCCGGUGGCGGAGGCAGCGUUGCUACGAGCGCUGAGCCUGAUUUAGGAUCCGAAGCGACUUACAGGGUCGAUUACCGGAAGGAUCGCGAGGAAUGGAGCGACACGGCGAUUGAGUGUCUCCUGGACGCUUACGCAGAGAAACUGAACCAACUGAAUCGAGGAAAUCUGCGCGGGCGCGAUUGGGAGGAUGUGGCGAGAGCAGUCAGCGAGCGUUGCUCUGUUGGUGGCGGUGUCGAUGGAAAGAGCAAAUCGUAUAAAAGUGUGGAGCAAUGCAAGAACAAGAUUGAUAAUUUGAAGAAGAGGUACAAAGUGGAGCUUCAGAGGAUAAGCAGUGGCGGCAUCUCAUCGAGUAACUGGCACUGGUUUAAAAAGAUUGAAGCUAUCGUUGGGAGCUCAUUGCCUGUGAAGACGGUUUCCGAUGAUGAGAAGGGUGGUGGAGCUAAUUCCUUGCCCGUGGCGAGACGCCCAAAGAACAGAUAUACGCCUACCAACGUUGCAGUGUUGAAUAACCCGAAAACAAAACCAGCAUCUAAUCUCAAAUGGCAUAGAGUUCUGUUUAAAAUCAGUGGAUCUGCGUUGGCUGGAAACUGCCAAAGUAUUGACCCCAAGGUGGCAAUGCAGAUUGCUGGGGAAGUGGCGACAGCUUGCCGCCUUGGUGUAGAGGUUGCCAUUGUCGUUGGUGGUCGUAACUUCUUUUGUGGAGAUUCCUGGGUGUCUGCUACUGGGUUGGACAGACCUACGGCCUACCAAAUUGGUAUGAUGGCUACGGUUAUGAAUUCUAUUCUGCUUCACUCUGCUUUGGAGAAGCUGGGUAUUCAGGCACGCAUUCAAAGUGCAUUCUCUGUGCCAGAGAUUGCUGAACCUUAUAGCAGACAACGGGCUAUCCGACAUCUCGAGAAAGGAAGGGUCGUCAUAUUGGGUGGUGUUGGUGCCGCCACUGGAAAUCCUCUCUUUACCACUGAUACAGCUGCAGCUCUGAGAGCUUCCGAGCUUAGUGCAGAUGUUAUGCUGAAAGGAACCAAUGCUAGUGGGGCCUAUGAUUGCCAUACUGGCAGUGAGAAUGUUACACUUGAUCACAUUUCUUUUCGAGAAGUUGCUUCGAGGGGCAUCACUUCCAUAGAUAUGAUGACGUUAGCAUGCUGUGAAGAGAAUGGAAUUCCAGUUGUAGUCUUCAACAUGCUUGAACCGGGAAAUGUUUCAAGAGCACUAUGUGGAGAUCAAAUUGGCACUUUGAUUGAUCAAACAGGAAGUAUUAAUUAAACGAGGCAGAGCAUGCCCUUUUUAGUUGACAUCAAAUCUGUGUAUUAAUAGUCACAAUAAAUUGCUGAAUCUUAUUAUUAUUAUUAUUAUUGAAUUUACUCCCCAUAAUGAGGUGAUCGAUUUGUUGAUGAUCUUA